AUUGAUAAGAAUGCGUAACGCUUGCGCAGAUCUAAUAGCUCAUACUAUAAGUCGUUGGUUUCAAGUCUACAGUCUACACAGUACACACAGUAUACAUCUCUAUUCAUUGUAUACUUGUGUGUGAUCUGAUUACAUCGCUCGUUGCAAUUUAUAGUGCAAUAUUUUACGGGACAGUAAGUUUUGUAUUCAAUAGCUAUUAACUAUUAAAGAACUAGUUUUAUGAAAUACAAAACGGUAACUGAGUUUUUGCCUUGAAAACUUUUUUUAAAACAAAAAUCACUACUUUCAUUAUGUCUCUUUUAUUUAAUGCGAGACUAGUUAAAUGCUUAAAAAGAAUUUUGCCCAUUGUUAAACAUAAUAUUCCGAUCAAUAAUAACAAUCGAGCCAUAACAUUUUCUAAUUCGAAACAAAGUAUACUAAACUCUAUUCGAAACAUACCUCUGUUAAAAAGCCCAAAUGCAACCAAAUCAAUAAUCUAUGGAUUUUCAUUACUUGGUUUAUUUGGACUUGACGAUAAGAGUGAAUUGGAGCGUAAACUAAUCUAUACCAUUAAAAGAGGCCUAUUGUAUUUACAAAAUGACGAUUACAAAGCUUUUGAAAAAACAUUACAUGAUGCUCUCCAAAUGGCUUAUGAUUUAAACCAUUUUGAUGGUAUUACAUAUGUAUAUGAUGUCUUAGCAAAUGGAGCAUUUAUGAAUAAAGAUUAUGAUAAGGCAAAAUCAUUAUUUAUUGCAGUCAUUAAUCGGUUAUUUGAUCAAGGAAGUUUUGAUGAUGAUCUUAAUGUUCUACAUAUAAAUCUUAAGAUUUCUAAAAUCCUUGAAGCUCAAAAAGAUUACAAAUCCUCUAAAAUUGGUUAUGAGUUCUGUUUAGAUCGUUUGAAGAAAAAAUAUGAAUUUAAUCCAGAAGAUGAAGAUGUUUUAGGUUUAUAUGCUUUAGCAUUAGAUGCAUAUGCUCGUUAUUUAAUGAACCUAGGAUAUACUAAGCAUGCACGCUUUUAUUUUAAAAAGGCAUAUGAAGUUAGUGUUAAAUUAAAUGGUGAAGUAUAUGAGAUGAAUGUUAUUUUGCUGAAUGAUCUAGGAACUAUGUAUUAUCUUAGCGGAAAGUUAGAAGAAGCAUUACACUUCUUCAAAAAGGCGGAAAAAAUUGGGAAACAUCUUCCUGACAUGGAAAAUUUUUCAACAGUAUAUAUAAAUCUGGGUAAUAUUUUCUUAAAACAAGGGUUGUUAAAAGAAGCAGAAAAACAUUGUGAAGAAGGAAUGAAAAAUGCUAAAAGACAUCAUUACGAAGAAGGCAAAAAAGAAGCAGCUAUUUGUUUAGCUGAAAUAAAAAGUGCCAUGAAGUGAUAUGUAUUAGUUUAAUUUAUUUGUAUUUUGUUAGCCAAAUGUUUGUUUUUGUUUUAUUUCUUCAAAUAUUAUUUAUUACUUUAAUCUUCAUAAUUUCCUAUUGUAGAUAUGAAGUAUGGAAUUAUGGUAUACAAGAAAAAAAUUGUUAGAUUAUUAAUCAUUUAGUAGUUAACUUAAAUAUUAUUACUUAAUUAUAUUUUAAAAUAAAAAACAUAAUUUAAAUAAAUAUAGUUUGAUUAUAUAACAAGAACUUUUAAAUGUAUAUUUACAUUUGAUUACUAAUUUUAAUUUAACUCAUUUGAUUGUUUUGUAUAAUUUUAUAAAUUAUUGGUUGGAAAUGACUAUUUUUACUGAUUGAGGACUUGAGGACAACUACCUUUUUUUAUAAAAAGUUUAAAUGUUGUCAGUUAUCUUUAGCUUAUAAUACUAUCUUAUUUUAUUUAAUAUUUAUUAAAGUUUAUACACUACUAGUCAAAAUAAUUUAUAUAUUAAAUUUUUUUUUUCAAAAAAUGUAAUGACAAAGUAUAUUUUAUCUUCGAAUAAAAUAUAUUAAAUACAUUUUAUUAUUAUAUUUAUAACCAAAAAUAAAUUUAUUUAAUUCAUUAUUAUUAUUUAUAUGAUACAAACUUUUAUUACUAUAAUUUUAAUUUCAAAUAAUAUUACCUAAUAAUUAUAUAAUUGUUUUUAUUCAUUAAUUAACAUUACUCUACCAUUAUUUUUGAUUUAUUUUACUUACUAAGUAUUUGUAUAUUAGUAUUAUGAUAACAGUGUGCAAAAUGAUACAAAGUUAUAAAUUUUGUUUUAAUAUUAUUAUAUACAUAAGUGAUUUUUAAUUUAUUAUGUAAUACAUAUUAUUUAAAUAUUUCUCAUUAUUUAAAGCUAAACUAUUUUAGGUUAAGUAUAUUAGUUAAAUUACAACUAAUUUAAAUAUUUUUUUGUGAUUUUUAGUCACAUACCUAGUUGUUGAUUAAAGUUUUACUUAAUGUUAAUAAUAACAGUUGGAUGUUCAUGAAA